GCAUUGAUACAUUGCGAUGGAGGAGGUGGAGUGCGAUGUGGACAUAUAAAUUACCGCGUCACCUGUCCAAGGCACGCCGACUACACCAUACAUCGCCAGCAUGUGCGUCUAAUAUUUGCACGUGAUUAAUGUUUUGAUCAUCGGAUGUAUUGGCCAUGUCAGUAGCGGGACUAAAGAAACAAUUUCACAAAGCAAGCCAGCUAUUAAAUGAAAAGAUUAAUGGGGCUGAAGGAACCAAACUGGAUGAGGAGUUCCUCAAAAUGGAAAAGAAAAUUGAUGUAACCCAUAAACUGGUUCUUGAACUUGUGCCAAAAACCACAGAAUACCUCCAGCCAAACCCAGCUUGUAGAGCCAAACUUGGUGUGCUCAACACCGUCUCAAGGAUCCGUGGGCAGGUGAAGACUGUGGGUUACCCCCAAACAGAGGGGGUUUUGGGAGAAUGCAUGCUCCGCUAUGGCAAAGAGCUUGGGGCCGACUCUUCCUUUGGCUGCGCUUUGGGGGACAUCGGUGAGGCCCUGAAACAGAUGGCCCAGGCCAGAGAUGUCCUGGAUGUCCAGGUGAAGCACCGCUUUAUAGAUCCACUCCAGACGCUACAGGAAAAAGACCUGAAGGAGAUCAUGUACCACCUAAGAAAGAUGGAGGGUCGGCGGUUAGACUUUGACUACAAGAAGAGACGCAAGGGGAGAAUCAGCAAUCGGGAACUCGCACUAGCCUUUGAAAAGUUUGAGGAAUCCCGGGACCUGGCAGCGAGAAGCAUGUUCAACCUUCUAGAGAAUGAUGUGGAGCAGGUGAAUAACCUGUCUGCUCUAGUAGAGGCGGCGUUGGAUUACCACAGGCAGUCGUGCCUAAUCCUGGAAAAUCUGAGUAGUGUUCUCCAAAAUAGAAUAAUCAUUGCAAGCAACCAGCCUAAGAGAGAAUUUGGCCCAAAGGCUGUCACUGGUAGAGGAAGCCACUCUGAAUGCAAUGGAUUCUCCAACACCCCUACCUUACGCAUAUCUGACAGCUCACCACAACAGUUUUCAGGUGUUACGAUGAAUGGUGGUGUGAAUGGAAACACAUUUUCUACAGCUAAUCCAUUCACAACCUCACCUCCAAGGCCAGAAAGUCCCCCGAACACAAUAUACUCCACAGUGGACCAGUUCACAACCUUACCCCAAAGGCCAGAAAGUCCACCCAAUAGCAUUUACUCUACAGUUGACCAGUUCACGUUCCUGUCCCAGAGGCCUGGGAGUCCCCCAAGCAUUAGUGAAGCAGAGUCUCCCCUGGAUCAGCCCUGCUGUCGCGCUCUCUACAACUUUGAGCCAGAGAACGAAGGUGAGCUGGGCUUCAAGGAAGGUGACCUCAUCAUCCUCACCAACCAGAUCGAUGAAAACUGGUACGAAGGCAUGAUCAGUGGCGAGUCCGGCUUCUUCCCCAUCAACUACGUCAACGUACUGGUGCCUUUGCCCCAGUGAGAGCAGAGCACACCACCACCGACCACAGUCACAGGACCAUGAGGUCAUGGACACACCACCUCACCGCUCUCGUCUGACGGACAACGUCACAUAUAGACACGGAGCACACCAAUGGGGUGUGAUCAAGGCGGCUGUACAGCAAGCGAUCACUUUCACACGUCUUUUCAAGCUACAUCAGGAGUGGACUAAAGAAUCUGUCUCUGUUAUUGUGUGCAGAGGCCCACAUAUUUUAAAAAAUAUGCUUAUGAUUGAUGGUUUGUUUACUUAUAAAAGAAACACAAUGUUUUCCUCUCUUCUCACUUUUGUUCAUACCGUUAUGAAAUAUGAUUGUAGAUUAAUCUAAUUUGUAUUUUAAAAUGUGACUUGAUGUUAGCACUUUGAACACUAAGCGGAUCUUUUGACCCGGGUUUUAUUAUGCAAUGUGAAUUAAAGUAAGCCAUUAUGUGAACAAUUCCUCAAUUUCUAAGGUAUAUAUAGAGAGAUAAGUCUGUAUACAAGAUAUAUUGUUCAGGUUAUUAGAAAUUGCCAUGUAAACAAAAACAAUAUAGCAGCACCACAGUGGAGAUAUUGUUUAGGUCUUUAAUGUUUUGCUUUGAUGAUUUUAAGAUAUCUACUGGAAAAAUAUGGUGCCAAAUGUAUUCAUUAUGAACAACACUUAGAUUUAAAAAAAAAAAAAAAAAGCUUUAUUAUUUAUUGGUAUACACCUAAGUAGCCUAGUGUAUCAGACAUCAAGGGAGAUGCACCUGUCUCUAUAAUGCACUUCUGAAGCACUGCAAUUGUUUUGUUGUAAUGAAGAGCUAUUUCUUAUAAAUUAAGAUACAUGGAUUGUCACAGUGUGUAUUAAGUGCAUUGUUGUAAUAUGAAUUCUUUGUUUGCAAGGUGCCAGCACCACAUAGUUACAUGCUGACUUGAUGUCAGAUUUAACAGUAAGCACAUACCCUUUAUGAAAUGUCUUCACUUGAUUGUGUUCUCUUUAAGGGUAAAUAAACGCCAAAAAUGUUGCUG